AUGAAAUUAAAUAGUAGUAUACUUGAAAAUUCACCUGUUUUUAUAGCAGAUCUUAUAAUAACAAAUAAAAUUAUUCAACAAAUUAUUUCUAAAAGAAAUAAAUUUGGAGUAGCAUUUUCAACUGCAAAAACUGCAAUUAAUAUUGCAUUAGAAACUGAAUCAGAUUCUUAUGUUACUAAAAUUUGGAAAGCUUCUUGUAAAAAAAGAGUAAAGAGUAGUAUUGAAGUGAUGGGAAGAAAAAAGGUAAUGCUUGAAACUUUAAAUCAUGUUAAUGUACAAGAAACUAAUGAUAGUGAAGGAACAUUAAAGUCACAAUGA